CCGCCCCGCCCCACCGGGCCUGCCUUCCAGGCGGCGGCUGCAAACCUCGCGCUCUGCAGUGCUCCGGCACCCAAAGCGUUUCAGCUUGCACGCGAUAAGUUCCCGGGGAGAGCCCGGGGUCCUCCCCAGCGCACUCAGCGGCCACCGCUGGCCUCACGGCCCGCUUCCGCUUUGCCACUGUCUGCCCUCGUCAGCCUAGGGGACCUCCCCCCUCGCGCAUCCCUGGCGACGGCGCGACCCCGGCCCCGGCGGCGGGGACCUGCGGGGCGGAGCACCGAGAUGUGGAAGUAAGGAAAAGACUAAAACACUGACAAUGAUGCUUUCAAGCCACCGUGCCUGGGCCAUCCGAUUGCUUACCCUGUGCCUCGUGGUGUACGUGAGCCUAGCGUUGGAUUCCCCACGUAUUUCCCCUGAUGAUCCAGGUGAACACUGUAAUUUCAAGGUGACAUUCAGAAAAUACCGAUUGAUCUUACUGUGGGAGUUGAAAAACCACUCCAUUGUGCCAACUCACUAUGCAUUCGAGUACACCAUCAUGAGUAAACCAGAAGGUAUGAAGAUUGUGAAGAACUGUACCAACAUCACCAGCUCAUUUUGUGACCUAACAGAUGUGUGGCAAGACAUGCAUGAGAUGUACAUCCCCCUGGUGAAAGCAUACAGAGGGACAGCACUGCUGGUCCAGUGCGCUGGGUCCAUCAUGACCACCAACUUGGCUAUUGAACCCCCAGACUUUGAGGUUGUUGGCUCUGCAGACCACAUCAGUGUGACAGUGUCAUUUCCAUCAUUGGCUCCCAUGGUGUAUAAGGAAGACUUACGUGACCAUGCGUCUCUUGUCAUUGAGGAACACUUGGAGAACAAUGUUAAGAGGCAUGAACCCCCAAUAAAUGGAAGCUUCAUUGGAAACUUCAGUUAUGUCCUUAAUGAUUUAAUUCCAAACACAAACUACUGUGUAUCUGUUUAUUUCGAGUCAAUACGUUUCACCCCAACAGUAAAAGCUCCCCUAAAAUGCAUCCUGUAUCAGCCUGGCCAAGAAUCAGGGACAUCAGAAUCUCUAAAAAUAGCCCUACUUACUAUUUUUUUUAUAGUAGCAGUGGCCAUAUCAAUCGUCUAUGCACUGAGACAGAGUGGAUAUGUGUCCUUACACACUAAUUUUCCCAAAGCCUUGAUUUUUAAAAACUUUGUACCCUGGACUGUUCCUGACCUACCACUGUUGGAAGACGUGAAUACCGUGGAGGUCUGUUACAUCAACAGAAAGAAGAAAGUGUGGGAUUAUAAUUACGAUGAUGAAAGUGACAGCGAAAAUGAGGCAUCCCCCAGGACGAGUGAGGGUGGUUACACCAUGCAUGGCCUGACGAGCCGGCUUCUGAGCCAGAUCCCCACCUCCUCAGCUACCUCCCAAGCCUCCCAUCCGGAAGACUCAGCUGAUGAGGAGUCAGAGGAGCCUGAGGAGGAGACUCAGCCCCAGCCCCAGCCCUGGCUCCCUGCAGCGCUAGGGCCCAGCCCAGGGCAGAGGGAAUGCACAAGUGAGUCCUGUGAGAGGACAGGAGGUCUGCCCCAGGAUCUCUCUUUCGGGGACAAUGACAGCAACUCCACUGAGGGGUCAGGGGGCAAAAUUACCUUCAAUGUGAAUUUAAGUUCUGUGUUUUUGAGAGUUCUCCAUGAUGACCCAGAAGACUCCGAAGAAGCCUCGCUGGUGUUAACUCCUCCAGAGGAGACGGUCAACCUAGAAGAGAGUUCCCAGGAGACAGAAUCGAGCCUUCUGGUGGCUGGUGGGGAAAAGCUACAGGUGCUCUUCCCCAGCCUUCCUCCCAAGUGUCUGUGGACCGGAGAUGAUCUCUCGGAUGAGAGUGACACUGGUAGUUCUGAUGUGGACGAUGUCAGGGAUGGUUAUAUCAUGAGAUGACUCCAAAUUACGUUGGUAACCUGAACUGAGAGCCCUAAUCUGCAGCCCUGUGGUCUGCAGGUGUCCAGUGAGGGAUGGAGUAGGGAAGUAGGGAACUGUAGAGUGCCCAGUUCUUCAGUGACUUCGUCUAUGCAAAUUCCCACUGCGGGAAACAUAGAUAGCAUCAUCGUUGCACUGUUUAUAAGUUCAGAGUGUUGCCUUUUGUAGGCGCUUGUCCCUUCUACUCCCUUGAUGCUCACACAUGUCUGAUGAUCGUGCAUCUGGUUUCCUAGGGUAAAGGCCCUGCUGGGUUUUAAAAGGUGCUUUGAGAAAUAAUUAAAUUGAGGAUGGAAGGAGGGAAAGAAGAGGAAAAUGGUCACACAGGAGCUAUGGGCAGUGUUUAGCACAUAGAGAGCCUUUUACCCAAGAGGCUGCAGGAAUGAGCAAUAAAGCAGGCCGGAAACAAGGCAGAUACAUAAAAAACAAGGGCAAGCCUUAAAAGAUCCCAUUUGGCCGUUUUAAAAGUGUUCCACAUGCUGGUUCCACCUGCCCUGUGUGGAAAUACAGUUGCUGUGACUCUGGAGAAAGAAGUGAGGUUCUAAAAUGUUGUAUACCAGACAGUAUGUGGACUGCUGAUAUUUCACUGUGUGACCCUGGGUGCCUUGGCUUAGCCUCUCUGAGCCUCAGCUUCUUUGUUCUUGAAAUAAGGAGACUGUACCAGGCAUUCACCAUGAUCUUACAAAUCUUGGAAAAAUAGGAGAAAAUAUACAGGAAUAUUUAGAAAUGUUGCCCACAGCUAGGCUCCUCCAGUGGAUGAAAGGUGUAGGAUCCUCCUCUCUCUCUUCCUCACCCCCAAAAGCUAGUUUCUUAGACACCCCACACACACACUGGGGAAGGGAAAUAAAAGAAAAUUCAAAAAGGGAAAAGCAACAGUUACACAAGUGUAACCAUGAACACCUUGAAUAGAUAACUGAUAUAAUUCCUCUGUCCUUCCCUCUGUUGUGUUUUGAAAAUCUCCAGGGUAAUCUUUUGAGAUAAAUGCUCUGUGGCUGUGUGCAUGUGCACUUAUUUUUUAACAUUUUUGUAUAAUGGUUGGAAUUUGUAUAUUGCUUAUACACGACUACUGUAUAAUACAAACUUGGUGUGGUCCAA